AUGACUGAUAUCAAUCGCUUAAAUCCGCUUGCUCCCGUUACAGCUGCUGUCUCAAAAUUUGCAACUUCGAAUGUUGUACAAGGAACACAAAAUUUGUUAUUUCAUCGCAUACACAACACGAAGGAAAGUAAAGAGGUUUUCGCUGACUAUGUAACAAUAAUUCGUUCAAAACCUUUCAGCAAAUUAUCACCGGUAGAGAAGGAAUUAUACAAAAAAAAACUCGAAGAAACGUGUAGAAAGUUAUUAACACGACUUAGUCGUGUUGGUCUCAAAUAUGAAGUUCGCCGUGGAUCCGACGACUUGAUUUUUGUCUUUGUUUUAUGUCCAUUAGAUAGGCUUAAACAAGAAUCCGAUAGGUCAAGAGUCCACGAUUGGCUUACAGGUGUUCGUAUUCGUGAUAUCGAUGAAAAUAGAGAUGCGCCUCUAACAGAUGCAGAACGAUUGCGCCUUGUUCACGACAUAAUUACUAACCCCCUUUAUGAAGGAGGUGCCAAUAUUUAUCCAGGAUUAGGUGAUUUUGAAAUAGUUGAAGGUUUUUUACCUCUUCACGAUAGAAUUUAUAACGAGGAUUGGAUAAAAACCUGGUCAACGAAAUGGAUGAUCGAUAAAGAUGACCUACUUCGGCUAAGAAAUCAUUUUGGUGAAAAAAUCGCGUAUUAUUUCGCGUUUCUCCAAUUUUAUUGUAAAUGGCUUGUUAUACCAUCAAUUGUUGGAAUAGUGUCACAUUUUUCUGGCGCUAAAUAUUCAAUACCAUUCAGCAUAUUUACUGUCAUUUGGUCGCUCACCUUCGUCGAAUUCUGGCGCCGUAAAGAAUAUGAAUUGGCAGUUUGGUGGGGUGUUCGUAAUUUCUCACGUGUCGAAAGACGCAGACCCGAAUUUAGAGAAGAACGCUUUAUUACAGAUCCUGUUACGGGUGAACAAGUUCCAUACUUUUCUCCAUGGAAAAGAUGGUUAAGAAGGACCAUUGCAGCACCUGUUAUCAUGUCUGAAUAUUACUCAGGACCGUUCAGAGAUCAAUUGAAAGUCGGUCCGGAAAGACUCGUCACUGAAUUAAAAUAUUUUGUUUUAACCGCUCAAAUAUUGAGCAUGUUCACGGAACUUAUCUUACCAUAUUUGAUUCGGUUUGGAGCAUUUAGUAUGAAAAGGAUUCAAAAUAAUGGCGCUACUAAAGAUGGUGGAAGAAAUGAAGACGAAUCUGUAUUCUUAAAAAGAGUUAGGAAAGAAGUGAAGUUACCAGUUUAUGAAAUUUAUGAAGAUUAUGCAGAAAUGAUCACUCAAUAUGGCUACGUCAGCUUGUUUUCUACUGUUUGGCCAUUGACUCCAUUAUUUGCACUUUUAAACAAUUGGUUUGAACUCCGUUCUGAUGCAAUAAAAUUGUGCCAACAUACAAGAAGACCAAUUCCAAGAAGAGCUGAUAGUAUUGGGCCAUGGCUUGAUAAUUUGGUGAUCCUUACAUGGUUUUCAUCAAUUACAAAUCCAUCACUUAUCUACCUAUACCAUUACCAUUCGGACACCAAUGCCUUUACAUCUCCUUUAUCAGUGAUAAUUAUCAUCGCUCUAAUCUGGUUUACUGAACAUAUUUUCGACGUCGUCCAUUAUCUUGUAAAACAAAU